AAAACACUUACCGGUCUCAUUUAAAUCCUAACGGCGAAGAAGAUUCUAACCGUUGCACUUCUCUUUACGUCUGUUGCCUUGAAAGCAACCACAAGUAUUGUCAGUUAUGCUCCGAAAAGAAACACUGAGUUGAAAAAACGAAAAUUUCAAACCUCCGUGAGAAACGCGACCUAAACGAACAUGAGGAAAAUAGGUAAAGUUAUGCAGCAUCGACCAGAUAGUUUGUUUUCGUGGUUCGUUUGCGUUUGCGCCUCUUUGUGUCAAGGACUGGACCUUGGUUUUGCAGUUAGCUAUGGAGUUUUGCUUCCUGAAGUUAUGGACGAGUUUGGGGAAAGCCGGCAAAAAACUGUUUGGGUCGGAUCUAUUGCAUUUGGAUUGACCUUUUUCCUCGGUCCGCUGGCGUCGUUUCUCUGUCAAAUGAUUGGAUGUCGCUUCCCUGCCAUGCUUGGAUGUUUACUGUGUGGUACAAGCUUUUUGCUAACUGCACAUGCGACCAGUCUUCAGUGGAUGUUUUCCACAUAUGGCUGUUUGUAUGGUUUGGGUUCUUCGUUACUAUUUUCAUCUUACCUUCUCAUAACAGCAAAGAACUUUUGUAAAUGGCGGUUUCUCGCAGUAGGGAUCGUUUCAGUCGGGGGUAGCAUUGGAGUCCUAAUUCUGGGCCCAGUGCUACAGCUCCUGAUAGACAAUGUAGGCUGGAGAGGAACAUACAUGAUGAUGAGUAUACCCUUUUUUGUGAUGGCGCUUAUUUGUGGUGCUACAUUUAGUGAUCCUAUUGUCGAUUUUUCGAGAGCCGAAGAGUCUACCAUAUCUCUGAUGGAAAUAGAAACAUUAAAGAAAGAUACUGAAAUUUCAGUAAUUGAUAGACAUCGAGAGGACGUCAAUUUAAAAACAGAAAGAGAUUACAUUAACGAGGAUUGCUAUGGAGUGGAGCAAAAGCUUAAUAGAACUAGAUCUCUGCAAGCAGUGGUAGUCAAAGCUAGCUACCUAAAGGAUAAGAACAAUAAGAAUCCAAAUAAGACAGGAACAUUACGAAAGCUGUUGGACUUGUCUGUGUUCAAGGUUCCUUCUUACACUGUAGCGAUGAUAAGUCUUCUGUUGAUGAAUUUUGGACAUUAUGUACCUCAGCUAUACCUAGUAAAAUAUUGCCUCGAUCUCGGCAUUUCUGCUGAUUCAGCCUCCCAGCUUUUUAUUCUUCUUGGUUUAUCAUCCUCCGUUGCCCGCGUUAUAACUGGGAGACUGUGUGACGUAAAGUGGAUAAAUGUGAUUUAUAUUUACCAAUUUGGAGACCUGCUUAUCGGACUUGUUAUCAUUUCCCUCCUAUUGAUAAGAAGCUACACGGGACUUCAAGUUUUUUCUGUUUUUUACGGCGUUGGGGAUGGCAUCUUCACCACAACGAUGAACUCCCUCCUUGUGUUUAGUGUGGACGAGGAGCUCAGAGCAGCUGGAUUGGGCCUAGGUAAUAUGUUAUUGUCAUUGGGGAUAGUAGCCGGGCCUCCGGUUGCAGGACUCUUGGUGGAUAUGUCUGAUUGCUACACCUGGGCAUUUUUUAUGGCUGGUAUUGUGACACAAUUAGCUGGUCUGAUGCCGCUGGUUCUGUUCUUCUUUAAGAAAAAGAAAGACGAUGGCCCUAAGGGAUAUGAAAUCCGAGAAACGCGCUUGUGAUUGAACUCAAUGCUAGAAAUUUUUCCCAUGUGGUGGUUGUCAAAACGUAGGCAGAGAGAGAUAGGAUAAAGCCGAUCCCAAGGAGAAAUUUUCUUGCUUGGGGCUUAGGGGGGGGGGGGGUCUGUUUUGCAAUAUUUUGAAAUAAAGAGGCUCAGAAAUGCUCUUUUAAGCAUUUCCCGUGGCAUUUUUCUUCAGAAAAGUCAAUCUUGGGCGAAAAUCAAGACGAAGCAAUUGCCUCCUCUUGCCUCAUGCUAGCUAUGGCCCUGAAAAUACGCGCUUGAUUCGUGAAAAAGUGAGAAACAAUUUUCUUUAUCUUUUGCGUAUAAUGAUUUGGCCUAAACGUCCGCUGUAACUUAAUCAAGCGUAUCUUAUUUACAAGAUGCAAUGAAUUGCAAGUGAUGGUUAAUAUUUAAUAAUAGGGGAGUACACUUUACUUCAAUUUGUUUUUCCCAUCUUCUUUACUUUAACACAAUCGACGCUACGUGAGAGCGUCAUGAAAAUAUAAAACAGUGUAGCUGAUAGUGUCAUUAGCUGACAUCAUGCAAGCAACUGGCCUGGUGGAAACGAAUGGUGGUUUGCGACAAAAAGAAACCAAUUAAGGAGACCAAUAUGAUGAAAUAAUUUGUAUACAUUUAUUAUAGAAGGGAAGAAAUGCGCAUAUCUCGAUACUCGAUAAAGCCUUGUAUCUUCAAAUUUCCUUUGUUUCGCCUAAAUCUUGAUUUAUGUCUGACGUCAAAGAGAAAGAAACUAAUCUCUAUAUGGUGCGUUACCUUACAUAGCUAGGUGUUCCAUCACUAUUUAAA